AUGAAAUUCCAAGCUGUUGUAGUUGCCGCCAUCGCCGCAUCCGCCUAUGGUCGUCAGCUUCCGACCGGUGACGGAGCUGCCAUCGAAGCCAUUAAGGCCAGCGCUGUCACCAAUGGUUGCUACGAAGAGGGAGUCAACACCGUGGAGUGCCUUGAGAAAUUGCUCAUCGAUGGGGUUAACGAAAAGUUCACAGAGUUAAAGCCACUGUUGAAGAUUAGCCCUGCCGCUUCCUACGUAGCAAAUAUCGAAACAUUGCUCGCCUCUGUUACCACAGAUGUUGAGGCCUGCUACGACGAGGCAGAUUGCGCCGCCACAGCCGCCUGCAACGCGGGAUACAACACUGAAGGACUAGCCGCGGAUUUCCAGGUGGACUUCAUCGAUCCCAUUGCCGCAUGCUGUGGAACAGAUGAUGUACAAACCUGCACGGAAUCUGCCAUUGAUGCUAGAGUAGUAGCAGCGUCAGGUAAUGUUGCGGAAGCGGCUGCAGAUGCAGGUGCCC